CUGGGAAACUUCAGGCAGAAGCCCUAAUUCGCCCAGAGCUCGUACCCCUAGGAGCGGAGGUUAUCAAAAUAGAUGAUUACCUUAAGGACAGACGCUUCGUUGCCAGCCUAUUCCGAUAUACCCUCGUCAAUACCUUAUUUCGGGCGGCGCUCUGGCGAACCAUAGCAGUCUAUAUGGAGGACAGCCGUACUAGAUAACUCCAUGGCAUGUGCUGCGGAGAAGGUCCGCUUGAUGACCGGCGUCGAAGGCUUGCUGAACACGGGGAUAUACCAUUUGGAGAAGAGCAUUCAAAAGACGGUCAUUUUCACAGUCGAUAGCGUUAGAGACCUUUUUGAGAGGAAAUGCGAUGGGGACCCUACGUUUUCUCAAUUGCGCCUUCGAAGUAAUCCAAGCAAGCCCGUCCUUGAUACUUCAAGCUUAGAGUACGCUCUCGUUGCAUUUGCGUUGCUUUUUGGCGCCGGCGAUGCCCGAGAAGAGCACCAAGCUCGUAGCCACCUGACUAGAAAGUUCAUGGAGGCCAAGAAUCACGCUAUGCCAAAGAUCAAUGGCCUGCUCCUUCAUCUUCUCACUAGAUGGCUUUGCUUUUUGGACUUCUCUCGUAAAACAGGCUUUGCAAGGGUUAACCUUGACAUGAUCACACGUCUACCACACGACCAACCUAUCAGAAACCUGGAUGAGAAGAAUCGACUGCUGCAGAAGACCGUUGAUAACGUUCCUCUGGAAUGUAUCAUUCCUACCUUGGGUUCUCUAAAGGAUUAUGCUACUUUUACGAAGGCAUGGGAUACGUUGGACAUUGCUGCACGCCAAUCUGGAAGAGGAUAUAGGCAGGUUGAAGACAUCCUCGACAUCGACCCCUGCGUCCAGCGUGCUAGCAGCCAUUCCUGCCAAAGGCGCACAGCGAAAGCAGACAAAAACUCUUCCCCCCUGGCUGGGAAGCGUUAUGAUGGAAGCGUUAAAUCCGAUAUCAAAAUCUCGGUGCAACCAUCGCCUCCUUCUCCUUUGGAUUCGAACAUUAGCGAGGUUUCCUUGUCUGGUGGAAUUCGAUCCUGUGAACAUGACGAUGAUGAAGAGGCAACAGCAACAACGCGCACUAAUGUCGCUGAUGUCGAUUCAAAUGAGGACGUUGCUUCCCGGCUGGUUUGUUCUGACAAAGUAACACAUCAUCCUGAGACACAUGAAGCAUCCCCCGAGUCGUCUGUAGAAGAAUUCACAGACGACGAAUACGAUGAUAGUUUUCCAGGUCUUUUUGUAGGUGGCAUAUCUUUCGCAGAACCCCUUACGUCGCCGUCUACCAGAAGGCAACAGAAGUCGGCUACAAAGUCAAAGCAGCCUGCAUCCACGUCGGAACCCGAGCCCCGGUGGACAUAUCCCAUUUGUCAGGCGCAAAACUCUCACCACUUUCAAACUUAUCCUCGACUCGAGGGCUCAAGGCACUUUGAAAUACAAGGAUUUCGAACAGGUGCAUUGAUCGACGUGUAUUUCUUUGUCGGUCACUUACUCCGCUUCCUCAGGCCAUGGCUGAACUUGAUUUCGUGAUCAUACCCAGAGGCAAGGGGUCCAUGAUCUUUCGUCCUCCUGGUGGUGAGAGGCAUUUUCCUUUGCUUAGAUUAUACUGAAUAGCCUGCAGCUAGUAUCAAUAAGCAGCCGUUCAUAUGCGAUCCGUAUGUCGUCAU